CAUCGAUCUAUUAGCAUGGCCUCCUCUGAAACCAACAACGAACACUACUCGUCCUUCCUCCCUCUCGACGUAAUCUCCGACAUCCUCCUCCUCCUCCCCGUGAAGACCCUCUCGCGCCUCAAGCUGGUGUCCAAAUCAUGGCUCUCCCUCAUCUCCAGCCCCUCCUUCAGGUCGUCCCACCGCCGCCGAUCCGAACGGAACCCCCUCCUCCUCGUGGCGACCUACGAAAGAGAGGGUGGCCAUGGGACGUACCGCCGAAACCACUUUCACGCGCUAGACUACUACAAAGAGCGAGGAGGAGGAGGAGGAGGAGGGAAAGCCCUACCGGACCGUGAAACCACGUGCUACUACUGCAACGGCGUCGGCUUCUCCUGCGGCCUCGACCUCGUCUGCAUGUCCAGCUGCGACGAAGACAUCUACAUACGAAACCCUGCGACCCGGGAGCAGAUCGCUCUGCUCAAGAAAUACUCGGGGUUCCGCAGUACGCUGCACGACGGCCACGCGGUGGCGUUCGCUUACCUUCCUUCUACGGGGGAAUACAAGGUGCUCCGUCUGCUCCUGCUCUUCUCCAGGUUCCGGCGCAGGCCAAUCAGAAUCGAGGUCUUCACACUUGGGUCGGGGAGAUGGAGGAAGAAGGAGAGCCCCCCCCUUUUGGGUUCACGACGAGCACAUCGGCCGUCGUCGUCGGCGAAGCCGUCCAUUACCUGCGCGGGUAUUUUUACAUGCAGCUGGAUGUUGGUGAUCUGCACCGACGACGACGACGACGACCCAAUAGCCCGCGUUCGAUCUCAAGAAGGAGGAAUGGUCGAAGCUGCCGCUGCCGGCGUAAUCUCACGGGAUUCUGUCGACGGGACGUGGGCCCUUCGCCUGAACGCGGAUGGCGCGGAUCGGCUGGUGCAUUGGGGCGCUGGGGGGGAUCGAGGUCGUCAUCUGUGGCUGCUGUCUGAGGGCCGUGACAGCAGCUGCGCGUCGUGGGUGAAGCGCGUACAGGCAUCGGAUCACUUCUGCUAUCCUCAUGAUUGGUUCCACGUCGUCGACGUGGAGAAGGACGGGGAGCGCUGCUGGAGAGUCCGACGGCAAGCUGCAGGUCUACAACCUAGCGGAAGAGCGAGUUGA